CAGAAGGCUAACAAAGCCAAUAUAUGGAGAGGUAGAUCACCACCUUUGGCUUCUAGCCACGUUUGAUUCUUAUAUUAGCUUAUUUUACAGGAAGCCAACUAUGGAGGAAUUAGGAUGCGUCCACUAUAAGUACUUUCCUAGAUUCCAAAUGGACUAAACCCAAACAGAAAGUUGAUCAAAGUGAAUCUUCUUACUUCCCACGCUCCGCAAUCCCAACUUCACAGCCUAACUUCUCUCUUUCUCUCUCUCUCUCUCACAGAAUGGGAACUGUGGAGAUUGAAGCUCCACCAAGCAAGAAACUCGCAGACGAGGAUGAGAUCUCUCCAAUAGAGCAAGUCCGUUUAACUGUACCGGACACUGACGACCCUUCUCUCCCAGUAUGGACUUUCAGGAUGUGGUUCUUGGGGCUUUUCUCCUGCUGUCUCCUCUCAUUCUUGAACCAGUUCUUCGCCUAUCGCACAGAGCCUCUCAUCAUCACCCAGAUCACCGUCCAGGUGGCAACUCUACCCAUCGGACGUUUCAUGGCUGCUGUUCUUCCUAAAAGGAAGUUCAAUAUUCCAGGGUUCGGGGCUAGGGAGUUCUGCCUUAACCCAGGUCCAUUUAACGUGAAAGAGCAUGUUUUGAUAACUAUAUUUGCUAAUGCUGGGAGUGCAUUUGGGGCUGGUUCCGCUUAUGCUGUUGGGAUUGUUAAUAUUAUCAAGGCGUUUUAUGGCAGAAAUAUCUCCUUUUUCUCUUCUUGGAUUCUUAUCAUCAGCACACAGGUUUUAGGAUAUGGUUGGGCUGGACUCUUGAGAAAAUACGUGGUGGAGCCGGCUCACAUGUGGUGGCCAGGAACCCUCGUUCAGAUCUCACUUUUCACGACAUUGCAUGAAAAAGAAGACACAGAAAACCAGCACCGUGUAUCGCGAGUGAAAUUCUUUGUGAUUGCACUAACAUGUAGCUUUAUCUGGUACUUGUUUCCGGGGUACUUGUUCCAAACAUUACAAAGCAUGGCAUGGGUAUGCUGGGCUUUCCCCAAGUCGGUCACUGCCCAGCAACUAGGGUCCGGUAUGAGAGGAUUAGGGCUCGGUGCCCUGACACUGGACUGGUCAACAAUAGCUUCCUUCUUGUUUAGCCCUCUCUUGAGUCCCUUUUUUGCCAUUGUAAAUGUGUUCAUAGGAUAUGUCUUCAUCAUGUAUGUGGUGACCCCAGUAGCUUACUGGGGUCUAAAUCUAUAUGAUGCCAAAACAUAUCCAAUAUUUUCUUCUCACUUGUUCGAUGCACAGGGUGCAAGGUACAACUUUACAGCCAUCAUUAAUGACAAGUUCGAGUUAGAUUUGGCACAAUAUGAGCAGCAUGGGAGAGUCCAUUUGAGCACCUUCUUUGCUGUCACCUAUGGAUUUGGAUUUGCCACGAUUGCAGCCACAUUGACUCAUGUGGCCUUGUUCUAUGGAAGGGAAAUAUAUGAACGAUACAAGGCCUCUUAUAAAGGAAAGGAAGAUAUUCACACUAGACUAAUGAAGAACUACAAGGACAUACCUGCUUGGUGGUUUUAUGUGCUUCUUUUUGUGACAAUUGUACUCUCCCUUGCACUUUGCAUUUUCCUGAAAAAGGAUGUUCAAAUGCCAUGGUGGGGACUACUAUUUGCAGCUGCCCUUGCCUUCAUCUUCACCCUUCCUAUUAGCAUCAUCACUGCCACCACUAAUCAGACGCCUGGGCUUAAUAUCAUCACUGAGUAUAUCAUGGGAAUUAUAUACCCUGGAAGGCCUAUAGCCAAUGUAUGCUUCAAAACUUUUGGAUACAUGAGCAUGGCUCAGGCAGUUUCCUUUCUUAGUGAUUUCAAGCUAGGCCAUUACAUGAAGAUCCCUCCAAGAUCUAUGUUUCUUGUUCAGUUUAUUGGAACCAUCAUAGCUGGAACAAUAAACCUCUGUGUUGCAUGGUGGCUUCUAAAUAGUAUUGAAAACAUAUGUCAAGAUAACCUCCUUCCCUCGAACAGUCCUUGGACUUGCCCCGGUGAUCGUGUCUUCUUCGAUGCAUCUGUCAUAUGGGGCUUGGUAGGACCUAAGAGGAUUUUUGGUUCUCAAGGAGAAUAUUCUGCACUUAACUGGUUCUUCCUGGGAGGAUUACUGGGACCAUGUAUAGUAUGGCUCUUACACAAGGCAUUCCCAAGCCAAUCUUGGAUACCUCUCAUUAAUCUGCCAGUGCUCCUGGGAGCAACUGCUGCUAUGCCCCCAGCAACUGCAAUUAACUUCAACUCAUGGAUUUUGGUGGGAACCAUCUUCAACUUUUUCGUCUUCAGGUACCGAAAGAGCUGGUGGCAGAGGUAUAACUACGUCUUAUCUGCAGCUUUGGAUGCAGGAGUUGCAUUCAUGGCAGUUCUUAUUUACUUAACAGUGGGCAUUGAAGAUAUUAACUUGCACUGGUGGGGCUCUGACCCUAAUAUUGACCCAGAGCACUGUCCUUUGGCAUCCUGUCCCACGGCAAAGGGUAUAUCUACUGAUGGGUGCCCAACAUUCUAGGACUCUCUAACGUUUCAUAGUAUGCUAGAAUUGUAUAUUUCUUGUCAUCAACGUAUUUCUUUGAAUGUCUUAAAAAUGGCAUGGGAAAUCGAACCUUAUCAAUGGCAAAAUUUCUACUUCUGCUGUAAAAAAAUAAAGAAGUUGCACGUAACACUGCAAAAAAAAUUUUAAUUUUACAAUAAUUUAAUUAUUGUAAUUGACUGAAAUCAGUAAUUAUUAGCGAUCAAUUUUAC